UAAAAGCAGCCGCGCGGCGCGAGGCAGCAGUUGGUGGUGUUGGUGUUGCGGUGAGCUCGGCUGUGUGAGCGGCGCCGGCGGCUGCGGCCUAACCCUGAUUUACGGAACCAUGGCGGUAACGCGCCGCGCAGCCGUCAUGAGAGGGAUGGAGAAUGCUGUGACAGGGCAUAAUAACAAAGCCAAAGUGCAGGUGACUGGCAAAAGGGCUGUUUUGGAAGAAAUAGGUAACAAGGUUACAAGAGGAUCCACCUUACCUAAGAAAACGGACUGCAUCAAACCACCAGUAAAGGCUACGAAAGGACCUGGCAAGAUGACAAAUACAGUUGUACCACCUAAACCUCCAGCUGCUGUGAAUCAAGCAGUCAAAGACACUACUACUAUAGCUGCAAAGGUUCUGUCCCCUGUCCCUAUGGAUGUAUCUAUGCAAGAGGAGGAUUUGUGCCUAGCCUUCUCUGAUGUGUUGCUCCACAACAUAGAAGACAUCGAUGCGGAUGACUCGGGGAACCCCCAGCUAUGUAGUGACUACGUAAAAGAUAUCUACCUGUAUCUGAGACAGCUUGAGCUGCAGCAGUCUGUGCGCCCACAUUACCUUGAAGGGAGGACGAUCAAUGGACGUAUGCGUGCAAUUUUAGUUGACUGGCUUGUCCAGGUCCACUCAAGAUUUCAGCUUCUUCAGGAAACGCUCUAUAUGUGUGUUGGAGUUAUGGACCGCUUCUUACAAAAUCAUCCAGUACCUCGUAAGAGGCUUCAGUUGGUGGGUGUGACAGCGCUGCUUCUAGCCUCAAAAUACGAAGAGAUGUACUCUCCUGAUGUAGCAGACUUUGUUUAUAUUACUGAUAAUACCUACAGCAGUGCUGAUGUUAGAGAAAUGGAGAUCACGAUUCUGAAAGAACUGAACUUUGAUUUGGGACGGCCUCUUCCACUUCACUUCUUAAGAAGAGCAUCAAAAGCUGGGGAGGCGGAUGCUGAGCAACAUACACUAGCAAAAUACCUCAUGGAACUGACGCUGAUAGACUACGACAUGGUGCACUACCACCCUUCAGAGAUCGCAGCUGCUGCCUUGUGCUUGUCGCAGAAGGUUCUGGGCCACGAUAAGUGGGGUACCAAGCAGCAGUACUAUACUGGGUAUGCAGAGGACAGUCUUACAAUGACAAUGAAGCAUAUGGCCAAGAAUGUCGUCAAAGUAAAUGAGAACUUAACAAAAUAUACUGCUGUAAGGAACAAGUAUGCAAGUAGCAAACUCCUGAAGAUCAGCACAAUCCCUCAGCUGAAGUGUAACGCUAUCAAGGACCUUGCUGCAUCACUCUUACAACCCUAGGUAGAUAUAUUCUGAUGAUAUAUGCACUUUGUGUCAUCCUCCUCAUUUGCCUACUGAGGAAAAACUACUGCCCUGUGUAAAUAAUAUUCCAGCCCUACCACCAACAUUUCAGACUCUCUCUCAAGUUUUAAACCUACUUUGUACUGCAACUGUAUACCUAGAAAUAAAGCUCCUCUUUCAAAAAAAUAAAACAAACCAAUUCUGCCUGCCA